AUGGGUUUUACUCUUAAAAAUAGUUUAACAUUUAUUGGUCAACAUUUACCAUUUCAAAUAGAUUUACAUAAUCCAAAUCAUCGAACAAUUCAUCGAAUAUCAUUAACUCUGAUUCAAUUACGAAAAUUAGGCCCAAUUAAAGAAGAACGUACUAUUAUAUUCAAAGAAAAUUUAAUUAAUUUUAAUAAAUUUCAAGAUGAACAUUAUUCUCAACAUUUUCAAAUACAUAUUCCAUAUGGAAUAAAUUCGUCAUGUUCAUAUUUUAUUCCAAAUAAAACUUUUCAAUGGCUUAUUUUUGUUCAAUACGAACUUUAUAUUAAAGUUCAUAUACGUGGAAUUAAUAAAAAUACAUCUUUAACAAUUCCUAUCGUUAUUAAUCAUAAAACAGAUGUAACAUUACCAUCCAAUUAUGAUUCUCAAUCAACAGUAUAA